AUGUCCGCGCCUCAAGAAGCCCCGCCUUCGUACGACCAGGCCACUGGCUCUUCAACAUCAUCUAAACCGCAAGCAUCGUCACAUCUGGAAGUCCCCUCAUCGAAGAAUGGAAUACCAGCGCAAGCACGUAGGUCGAUGGAGGACAUGCACAGACCGCUUCCUGAAGGAUGGAUAAGACAAUACGAUCCUAAGGAAAAUCACCAGUUCUUUGUCAACACAAAAGCGGACCCGCCAAAAUCCUACUGGGAGCAUCCUCUCGAUAUCCCCGAGGUAGUCAAUGCCCUUAGCAGUGAAGAACGCGAAAGAUUACAGGCCGAGGAGGACAAGCUGAGGAGGCACUCAGACCAUUCCGCAGCGCAUUCAGCGGAGCACUCGGAAGAUGAGCACUUCCCACCAGAGUUGCCGACAAGGCCGACGGGCUCAAAGGAACACACGGGGCAGAAGAAGAGUUUCGGUGAGAAAUUCAAGGACAAGAUCACUGGCUCGACACAUGAUGAACGUGUCCGUGACCGCGCUCGAAGAGCCGAGGAAGAAAGACAAUACUACGAGGCGCACAUGAAACUCAGACGGGCAAUGCAACAAGCACAGAUAACUGGCCAGCCACAAUUCUUUGCCAGGGAUCGGGACGGCAGGAACAUUUAUAUCGAGCCGCCUGGGGGUCCAGGCUACGGAUAUGGCGGGUAUGGACCACAAGGAUAUGGUAUCAAUCCGUAUGCCAGUGGAGCCUACGCCGAUCCUAACGCUCGCUUCAUCCGACCUGGCUAUCCUUAUAACCGUCCAUACGGUGCCUAUCCGGGCGGCGGGUAUGGAUUACCCAUUGCUGGUGGGUUGCUCGGCGGUAUGCUGUUGGGUGGAUUGAUGUUCUAA